AUGUUUUAGCAAGAACCUCUAAAAAAAAAAGCAAGUAAAGGUGCUAUCCAUCCAGAUAAGAAAGAUAAUAUUAACAAUCUGACUCUGACUCCAUAAACUUAGAUCAUAACUGGAAGCUUAAAUAUUAUUUAGUUGAAUUGUAGUGAAAAAGAAUAACAGAUAUUACAAGGCUAAAAAAAAAAUUCGAAUGUGGAUUCUAAUAAAAAUUCUGAACAAUUAAGCUAAGCAUCUAGUUAAUCUGAAAUUUAAAACAUUGAACUAAAAUAGAUAUAUACAAGUGACAGAGUAAUAAAAUACAAUAGCUAAGUAAAUGGAAUUCAAAAUGAAAAUCUUUAGCAAAUAAUACUUAGAAAAGAUGUGAUAAACAAUUCAAAUUAGGCUUAUAUUUAUGAUUAAGAAAAUAACUUUGAAAUGAAAAAAUAAAGAAGUAAUUAAAAUUAAAGAAAUUCAACACUUUUUUCUAGGAUAAGUGGUGAAAAUGUAUUUGAAGAUGAAUAUUUCAGCGAAGACAGCUAAAAGAAAUCGUAAAAAAGAUAGAGACUAUUAAAUCCUGAUCUCUUUUACAAGUUAAAGGACCACUAAAUAUAAUGGAAUAAUUCUAUUUUUAUUGAGUUUUUAAUUUAUCAUAUUCUAUUUUACUACUUAUUUGGACCUUUAAUAAGCUUAAUCCUAUUUAAAAAGAUUAAUUUAAUGAGAAAUUUAUCUUUUUUUGGAGCUAAUAAGUGGUUUAUUACUCAAUUUGUGAUAUAUGCAUUAAAUAUGGCAACUCUCAUCUCAUACUUUGUAUGGAAUUGCCAUAAUAUUUAUAAAGUAGAGAUAAUAUAUAUGCAAAUUACAAUCUUUCUAAGAAUAUUUGUUAUUUCUUGCAAGUAUGCUUCACUUCCUUUAGAAAAAAUAGAGCUCUAUAAAAAUUUCACACUUAAUUCAGAACUAACGUCUAGAGAUUAUUAUUUUUCUGAUUGGGUUAAAUAAUCACCUUCUAUUAUAUAUAGAGAAACUUAUAAUUCAUUGCAGAGGGGAGAAUAUGACGUCUAAAUGUUUUAUUUAAGCUUCUUUGUUAGCCCCAGUGAAGAAAAAACUCAAUUAAUACUUAAAUAUGUAGAUGAAUUGAAAACUUUUCACAAGUACGAAGACGAAUUUAACCCACCUUCCACUAUAAAUAAAAUUAAUCUAGAGACUAAAAACUAAUUAUUUUUUGGAUAUGGUAUAAUAUAUUAUCUUAUAAAAUAAUAUAAAAACUAAAAUAAAAGCAUAAUAUAAGUUUAUAUUUGCCUAGUUUUAUCUUUAAUUAGAGGUUUUUCUACUUUAGCAUAUAGAUAUUUUGCAGAUGAAAAAUAUUAAUUCACAUCAGAUGAAAUAGUACAAAUAGUAGCAGUAAUUAUUGUUACUACCUUAGGAUACUUUUCAUCACUGGUUUUCUUAGCUUAUUUUAUACGUGACUUAGGAAUGAAAUACUUCCUUCUUGAAUAAAUUAAAUUCACCUUACAAUUUCGUAAGUCUAAUGCUUUAGAAAAUAAGGAAUUACCAACUAUAGAUUUUACAAAUCCCUAUGCUCUUAAAGGAUGGUCUAUUUUGAGAAGGGUAAUUCUUGAUUAUGGAAAAUCUUUCUUUAUAAGAGUGUAGGCUUUUUUAACAGUAUACAUUAUUGUUGGAGCAGUUGGAUUAGUACUAAUGGUAUUGUAGAUUUAUAAUAUUACUAAUUUUGAAGGUAGUGUUGUAUUGGUUUGCGUUUUUGAGGUCUUUGUGAUAUUAUCAUCCUCUCUCUAUAUGUUUUAUCAAGGUGCAAUUAUUAAUUAAACUUUCAGUGAAUUUAAAAAUACUCUUAUUGACUAUAAGGUGAUUCUUGCAGAUUUAAAACUAUUUAAAGAUGUUUACUUCUUGCAAGAACCAAAAGACAUUCAUAAUCUCCUAAGAAGAAAAUCAGUAGAAAAGCUUAAUUAAACAUUUUAAAAAUACAACCAACAUGAAAAAUCUGAGUAAGUAGACAAAUAUUUAGAAAAAAUACAAUCUUCAAUAGAAGAGUGUGAAAACGAACUUGAUUAAGAUAUUAUAAACUAACCAUUCACUCUUUUUACUAUAUAAAUUACAUUUGCCCAAUUCUAGAGUAUUAUGGUAGCUCUAGGUACUAUAGCAGGAACACUAUUCCAAUAGAUUAUUAAGGGAUAUUAGUAAAAAUAUGGAGUUAAUAAAACUAAUAAUAAUAGCAACCCUAUUUGA